UAAACAGAGCAGAGCAGACGAGACAUCGACACAAUUUGCAAAGAAAUUGUGCUGUAGUAAAUUCGCUCUAUCACUUUCAAUUUAAUAAAUAAAAAAUGUCCAACGAAGUAGAAGAAACCAUGAAACGCAUUCAAUCCCACAAAGGUGUUGUUGGGACAAUAGUAGUCAACUCUGAGGGAAUCCCCAUUAAAUCAACUUUGGACAAUACAACUACAGUUCAAUAUGCAGGAUUAAUAAGUUCAUUAGCAGAUAAAGCGAGAAGUGUCGUACGUGAUUUGGAUCCUUCUAACGAUCUUACCUUUCUAAGAAUUCGGUCAAAGAAACACGAGAUUAUGGUAGCUCCAGAUAAAGAAUUUAUUCUUAUAGUAGUUCAGAAUCCAACAGAUUAAAUUUAUAAUAAGCAAUUUAGUCCACCAUUUGCUAUUAAUAUUUAUUUUUAAUGUAUUAACCUGCACGUUUUAUUUUUUUACAUAUGUAAGUAGAUUGUUAAUUUAAUAUCAUUUUGUCAUUAAAUGAAUGCAGAAUGAGAUGCUGGAAGUGAAAAUUAUGGAAAUAAGAUAUGUAUUACGACUAAAGAAUAUACCUAAAACCUACAUUUUUUAGACAAAAUGUAUUUUUUUCGGGAAAUCUGUCAAUAAAAACCAUUUCAUUUUUGCAAUGUUGUAUUUUUAUUGACUGAUCCCAGAAAAAGAUAAUUUUAUAAAAAAGAAAAUAAUAGUUAAGAAAUUAUGAUAUACCAAAAGCUUAGCCAUGAACUUUGGUACGAGUUUCAAAUUUUUGUUGGUGUACAAUAGGUUAACCUAUUUCACAUUAUUAGAAGAAAAAUUUGUUUCAUAGAAUAUUAGAAGAAUGCAAAUAGUUAAUGUACAGCUGG